GUGGCCAUCACACGAUGAUUCUUUUCGACUAAUCACAAAGACAUUGGCACCCUUUAUCUAGUAUUUGGUGCUUGAGCUGGGAUGGUGGGAACAGGCCUGAGUUUAUUAAUUCGAGCCGAACUUAGCCAACCCGGAGCCCUUUUAGGCGACGAUCAAAUUUACAACGUAAUUGUCACAGCACAUGCCUUCGUAAUAAUUUUCUUUAUAGUAAUACCAAUUAUAAUCGGAGGUUUCGGAAAUUGACUCGUCCCCCUAAUGAUUGGUGCCCCUGAUAUAGCCUUUCCUCGAAUAAAUAAUAUAAGCUUUUGGCUUCUUCCACCCUCUUUCUUACUCCUUCUUGCCUCUUCUGGUGUAGAAGCAGGGGCCGGAACCGGGUGAACCGUCUACCCUCCCCUUGCUGGUAAUUUAGCCCAUGCUGGAGCUUCUGUAGACCUAACAAUUUUUUCUCUACAUUUAGCAGGAAUCUCUUCAAUUCUUGGGGCAAUUAAUUUUAUUACAACCAUCAUCAACAUGAAACCCCCUGCUAUAUCUCAAUAUCAGACCCCUCUUUUCGUAUGGUCCCUACUCAUUACCGCUGUACUUCUCCUUCUCUCUCUCCCCGUCCUUGCUGCCGGCAUCACCAUGCUUCUAACAGAUCGUAACCUUAACACAACAUUCUUUGACCCCGCAGGGGGCGGAGACCCAAUUCUCUACCAACACCUUUUCUGAUUCUUUGGCCAUCCCGAAGUUUAUAUUCUUAUUCUCCCCGGCUUCGGAAUAGUUUCCCAUAUUGUAGCAUAUUACUCUGGCAAAAAAGAACCUUUUGGCCACAUAGGAAUGGUUUGAGCCAUAAUAGCUAUCGGAUUUCUAGGCUUUAUCGUAUGAGCACACCACAUAUUUACAGUAGGAAUAGAUGUAGACACUCGUGCUUAUUUUACCUCCGCCACAAUAAUUAUCGCUAUCCCUACAGGCGUUAAAGUCUUUAGCUGACUUGCUACUUUACAUGGGGGCUCUAUUAAAUGAGAAACCCCCCUUCUAUGAGCUCUUGGAUUUAUCUUUCUUUUUACCGUCGGGGGCCUAACAGGCAUUAUCCUUGCCAAUUCAUCUCUUGACAUUGUUUUACAUGAUACCUACUAUGUAGUUGCCCACUUCCACUAUGUCUUAUCUAUGGGGGCUGUUUUCGCCAUCAUAGCUGGUUUUGUACACUGAUUUCCACUUUUCUCAGGCUAUUCUCUUCACAGUACAUGAACAAAAGCCCACUUCGGCAUCAUAUUUUUGGGUGUCAAUCUCACUUUCUUCCCCCAGCACUUUCUCGGCUUAGCCGGGAUACCUCGACGAUAUUCAGAUUACCCAGACGCCUACACCUUAUGAAAUACUGUUUCUUCCAUCGGGUCUCUAAUCUCAUUAAUCGCAGUCCUCAUAUUUUUAUUCAUUAUCUGAGAAGCAUUUGCUGCUAAACGUGAAGUCCUAGCAGUACCUCUCUCAGCCAACAAUGUCGAAUGACUACACGGCUGCCCUCCUCCCUACCAUACUUUUGAAGAGCCCGCAUUUGUUUUAUCCCACUAA